AUGGAGCCGCCUGCGACGUGGGUAGAUGAGUCUAGAAAGCCAUGGUCCCCCGCGGUCCGGUGGAGCAGAAUGUCAGCCAUUUAUGUGCAGGUCUCUGAUGCUUCCGCGCAGAAGGCGCGUUGUUGGUUGGUGGACCCAGCUUCAUCAAAACAACUUGGACUUGGAAAACGCAAGAUCCCGAUUGUGACUGAUAUUCAGAUCGUUCUCCAGGGUCGCUUCUUAUUCCAGCUCGAACAUGGCAAAACUUACGCUGUCUUCGGAAGCCAGCCGCCGGUUCUGCAUGACAACGAGUGGCAUGUGCAAAUGCCGCGGCAAGGUCAUGUGACAGGGAUUUGCUGUGUUUUAGGUGGUGCUCCAGGGCUUCGAAAGCUCUGCAACAGCCACGAGGGCAAAAGGCAGCCGACACCGCCGGUGACGCAGGUUGUGGAUCAGUCGGCGUAUGUUGAUGGUAUGGUAGUCACCCCGGAUGUUGCAUUGUGUCCGUACGCUGCACCAACGCAGGUCGAGGCUCGCGCGGAUGAUGUUAUCAAGGCUAUUGGAGUUGAGGCCUUAGAGCAAGCAUACCACUCGUAUGACCCUUGGGCCUCAUUGAAGAAGUCAGUUGGCGAUACCAUGCGUCUCGUUUUGCCUGCUGAGCUGCGAGCCUCCAAGCAAACAAAGCCUAAGCCAUCUAGGGGGGAAGAUCCUUGGUCUCACUCAGACCCAUGGUCCGAAGCGGCUGCCUCAUCAAGUGUGCUGCCCAAUCCAAAGCACGUGUCCAUCGCUCUUAUCGCUGGCACUUUUGUCGGUGAAGGCGGUGCAGAAGUGCCCAUCUUGGGUUCGCUAGCCUCAGGGGCACGAGGUGUCACUCUGUGCCCCAAUGACGAAAUCGAAUCCUUUGCGACGUUGGCAGGAGGAUCCGAGGAUGAACUUGCCGCCGUAACCAUCGGACCCUGCAAGCCCCGCAUCACAGAUGCGGCUGUCACUUCCAUAACUUUUCCAGCCUUGUCGGUAGGACAGAAGGUUUUGUUAAAGGGUUGGUUGGUGCAGUUUGGUACGGGGAAGGUGUCACUGAACUUGGUUAAACAUCAGCUCAGUAUUUCUGAUAACGCGGUUGAGGUCAUUACGGUUGAAAUCAAGAAGGAGUAUUCCCAAUCGCAAGACUGGCAAGCAGUGCAAGAGAGCCCUUUGAGAUUCGUUUUUUCGCACAUCGAAGAUUUUGGACCAUACACCAUUGCCACAUGGUCUAAGAAGUGGUUCUGCAAUGGCAAGCCUGCCGAUGCAGCCAGCGCCAUGUCAUGGCACUGCUUCGUCAAAAUCGCAAAGGAUCACAUGGACAAGGUCAUUGCCCAAAGUGGUAAGCAUGCCAUAUUUCUGACACCAAAAUGCUCAGAGUCAAGUGCACCCAGCGGCCAAUACAAAGUGAUUUGGCUCGGCAGCAGAGACAUUUCGAAGGCUUUACUUGUGCAGCGUGCCCACCAGACGGCCAAAGGUGUGGUUGCUGGCAAGUCUUCACUGGGAUUGCGAGUGGUGGCAUCGGAGUACUCGCAAAUCCGGUCUAAAUUAGAGCCAAGCUGGAAGAGUGAAGGUGUCAAGACUGAUAUCGCUAUCAGCUCACGAUGGGUGAUAUCACCUCUCCCCAGCAGUGCUGACAAGAAGACGGUCCAGACCUUGCUGGAUCAACUGAAGUGGGAAGCCAUGCCAUUGAAACAGAUCGGGCACGGAGCCUGGCUAGUAGGAGCGGCCACCACAACCUCACCUGCAGAAACCUUCCAAUUGAACGAGAAGCUGGUGUUGAUAAAUCCAGCUGCUGAGAAGAAGGCAGAUUCUGCACAAGAUGCUUUAGUGGCGGGCCCGUCUACGCUGAGGCGUGCUCUCAAUCGACACCUUGCGCAGGGGACGAUCGCCGCGACUCUCCCCGCAGCAAAUCCGCAGGACGCGCCCACUGCGGUCCCUGCCGGACCAACUGUGACGAUGGCCACACAGUUGCGCUCCGAGGUGGACGGAAAAAUUGAGGCUAUGAAGGCUCAAUUCGAUCAGGCUAUCCAGGGACUGCAAGGACGCAUGACAGAGAGCGAGCACAAGACCACGCAAGCCAUCCAGCAGGUUCGCGAGGAUCAGGUUCAGUGUGCCAGCAGGCUUGAACAGGUUUGCGAGGAUCAG